UCAGAGGAGGAGAGAGACGCGCGACAGUCUGUCUCUCAGAGCCUCUGGAUUUGGAGUCAGGACCCCUUCAGCGGCAGUUUCAAACUCCCGGACUCAGACGUUUGUGCACAGGUUGCGUUUACAUCCAGUCUGAACCGGAGCGGCCGAAAGAGGAACAAUCAAGAAAGAAGAAGUUUUUAUUUCAUGUCUUGUUGCUUUGCGACAGAGUCACUGAAAGAAAUAAAGAAAGAAGAAAUAGAGGAAGAGAGAGACUCAUGUUUUAACUCUGUCCAGCAUCAUGGAUCCUGUCACCUUCCAUCCUCCACCAACAAGACAUUUCUGUUGCUUACAAAGGAAUCCUGAGAUAUUCCCACACUAAGCAGAGACUUUUUUGACUUUUUGUUUUCCUUUCAAGCACGAUAAACAUGAACAGUAGCUUUGUUUCCAACGGAUCGUGUCACACUACGUCCUGCAGCGUGGGUCGGGACGGGAAGCCGGCUCCCAGCAUCAUCAUGUUCCUGGCCGGCGUGGUGGGAAACCUGCUGGCCCUCUUCAUCCUGGGAGUCCACCAGAAGGAGCACCGCUCCAGGUCCUCGGUCUUCUGCAUCCUGGUGACCGGCCUGGCCCUCACGGACCUGCUGGGCACCUGCCUGCUCAGCCCGCCCGUCUUCAUCUGCUACGCGCGCAACAUGUCUCUGAUAACUCUGGGCAGUGAGCGGCUGUGUAACCUCUUCGGCUUCGCCAUGAGCUUCUUCGGCCUGGCGCCCACCCUCAUCCUGUGCGCCAUGGCCGUGGAGCGCUGCCUGGCCAUCAGCUACCCUUAUUUCUACUCCGUACACAUCCGCCGCAGCUUUGCUAAGAUCACUCUUUUCUUGAUUUACCUCUUCUCCUUGGCGUUCUGCCUCCUGCCGUACAUCGGCUACGGUAAAUUCAGACAGUACUGCCCUGGAACGUGGUGCUUCAUCGACAUGGAUGCAACAGGGGACGAGCAGGCCAGCUUGGUGCUGGCCUUCUCUCUGUCCUACUCCACCCUCAUGGCGCUGCUGAUCGUUGCGGUGUUCGUGUGCAACGGCUCGGUGAUAGUGAGCCUGUGCCGGAUGCACCGGAGCCAAAUAAUCCGCCGCAGCUCGGUGGCGCCGGUGGGGAGGAAGAGGAGGCUGAGCCUGGCCUGGUUCGGACACGGCGAAGAGGAGAUGGACCACCUGGUGCUGCUGGCGCUCAUCACCGUCAUCUUCGUGGUCUGCUCCCUGCCUCUCACCAUUGCAGGUUUUAUCAACGCCAUUCAUCCAUUUUGUGGAGACAGGGAGAACCUGACCGCUUUCCGUUUCUACGCCGUCAACCCCAUCGUGGAUCCCUGGGUCUUCAUCAUCUGCCGCAAGUCUGUUUUUCGCCACCUGUGCUCUCUGCUGAGCUGUCGCUUCAGCAAAGGAGCCGUGAAGACGACGGCGCACUGUGCUCUGUCUUUACCCCUCGACCACAACAUACAGCGCGACCCACGAGACGAGACAGCUGCACAGAGCAGCAUGUACUCAGGUUUACCUCUAUGACCCGCAGGCGGAGCUGGCUCUGGAGGACGGGAGGCUCGGGAAUCUACAAACAUGAAACACGUGAAUACUGGAUUUCUGUACUCAGCAUCUUAGCGCACAAAGACAAGUAUCAGUCACAGUGGAGACAUUUUACAUGUGACUGACCCUUCCUCUGUAAAAAGAAUGAUUGCACUGACCGAUAAUCUUCCCCUGACUCAUGGAUGGGUUUCAACAUUGCAAGAUGAGUUUUGCCAUGGAGAAAACUAAACUGACAGGACUAUGGGACACAGCAGAUCACAUGAAGACCAGGAAAAGAGAAGUGUACUGGGGGGAGCCAAGAGAUGAACAUUAUGCAUGAAUGUGAAUUUUUUUUUUUUUUUUUUUUUUUUUUUUUUUUUUUUGUAAAACAGUCUUUUGAACAUCAACUAGAGGUUCAAGAGUUUGUCUAUUUCAUUCUGCAUUCACCAUCAGAAGCAGGCCGUUGUCUAAUAAUCCAACAUGCUUAUUCAGAUUAUUAAUGUCUUAACUAGUCAGCAGCCAUGCUAACCAGUCCCGACUAUUUUGGUAUAAACUGCACUGAUGCUUUGUAAAUACGGCACCAACAGUGAUCACUAUUCGCUGAUCAGCACUAAAUUUAAACUGAGUACCACUUAAGCUGAUGAGAAACUAUCCUGGUAGAGAUUUGUGGUUCCUAAGUAAAUUACUGAACAGAAUUUAGCCAAUGGAGAUGUGAAAGGGCAGGUUAAGAGAUGAGCCAUUAGUGUAACUAGCGCCAGAGACUUCUUCAAAAUUUCACGGCAAUCUAUCCUACAGUUUACCAUUUAGAUCGACCUUGCAAUACUUCACAUGGAAUGUGACACAGCAUCAAUACAGUCCUUUUAAAGAAGACUUUGUAUUGUCGGGCAGACUUUUUAUUGCUUUUCCUUGUAAUAAUGCUUCCUAACACGAGAUAAUGUUGAGAGUCCCUCUAAACUCUAUUGAUUUCUCUGUCAACCAAGACAGGAGAAAGAAGACAUGAAUGCCCAUGUAAUGUAAUUGUUUAAAUGAUGGUAAAUAAGAUGGCAAAGCUGACAUUCCAUCAAUAUCAAUACUGCACCUUUAGGGGGUGCAAAACUGAUAAAACAGAUAAUAAGGCAAGAUAAUAGGAAGCUUCACUCAAUAGGCAUCAUUCUUUUGGAUACAGUGAUAGAAUAGCAAUGAAAUACUUUAUUAAUCCCAGGGGAAAUUCUUCUUAAUAGCUCCAUACAGACAAAAAGCACGUAAGAAAAGUAGAUAUCAAUAAGGCAGAGUAAAGUUAAAUGAGUUAUAUUAAUUCUUAAUAUAUAUCGGGCUGAGCUAAGUGGUGACUGAUGUAAGCAUACAAGAAUGAAAUUAACACCAAAAAAAACCAAAACACAAUAAACACUAUUUACAAUGAGUUACAGAGUCUUAUUGCCAGUUAAUACCUAUUAAUCCAAUAGGAAUUGAGAUUUCAGUCUCACACACACACCCACACAUGCACAGAGAGGCCUUGGUAACACAAUUGUACAAAGGUGACUGUGCUGACCAUAAUAACCGCCGUUAAAUGGGUAAAUACAGCAUAAGUGCUUCCUGACAUACACAGUAAAACUCCCACUGUUCCGUCUGCAGCAGUCUGUUUGCUCUCGGAAAAGUUGCAAGGCUGUGAAAAUGUAAUAAGUAUCUAUAAAUGUAUCUUUGUGUAUAGUUUCUGUGAUGUACUAUUUACACUUGUGUUUAUUCUCUGAAAAAAACAAAACAAAGGUAUGACUUAAAUCUUCCUUAUUAUUAAUGGAACAAUGAGAAAAUUGAAUUAGAAAUACUCCAAGGCCAUAGUGCAAUUCAUCUUGAAAGACCACUUUAUUCCCACCUGAUUUUGGUUGCAGCUCACCCACAAUGUUGCUGCGUUGCAUGAGCACUGCAUUACUUUUCUUCUUGUCAGAAUUUAAAGCUACCUAUGAUGAUUGUGAAUGUUUUCUUACUUUUAAAGAAUCUCUGCUGCUGCUACACGCACUGUGAUGAAUCUUUCACGUUUAUGCAAUGCUAUGCAUGUUUGUGUUGUGAAUCCCUAUAUCUGCGUUUGUUUAUGAGCUGUGCAAAUACCAGGAACGAUGAUGUGAGGUACUGUUGACUAUACUGUACGUUUACUUUUUGCUUAUGUGCAUGCACCCGUGUAAGUUAAGCAUGUUAUCACUUGCACUUAAUUGUUCUUUGAGGGUUACUGUUAAAUAUUUGUAUAUCUAUUAAAAUAAGUAAAAUUAAUUUAGGAAAGAAAUAUAUGAAGAUUUCAUUAAUGCAAAAAAAAAAAAUAUUAGCAAAUGACCACUCAAUUUAUGUUUUUGCAGGUUAGGUUCUGCAACCUGAGCAUUAUUGCAACACAUGCACAUAAAGGGAAGUGCAGCACAGUGAAAGAUGGUGGUUGUCUUUAGGCUUUUACAGUUGUUGAAGCCCUCAGGAACAUUUAAAUUCAAAUCCUGUACAGUUUGUAUCUGUCAUGUGUAUGUGUCUAAUUUUUCAUAUGAAGGUUGUCAGAAAUAAAUUUAAAUGGACUGUUGUUCACUGCUAUGAUCUCCAAUUUGCAAAAAAAAAAAAAAAAAAAAAAAAAAAAAAA